UGAGCCAGAUGCUCCCUAAGGCUUUUCUUAGCACUGGUUUGGUGUGGUGCUACGAUAAUAAGCAAUAGGGUCCUUUUUGCCCAGAGCAUUCCAACCCAAGUAUGAUAGGAGAUAAGAAGAAGGACACUGAGAAGCCUGUUAGAAGACCUCUUGUGGUUACAGGUUUAAUUUAAGAGGCAGACAGAAGUCAUGUGCCCCAAAACAGUCCAGGGGCAGGCAGCUGCCCCUCACCCCCACCCCUGUAGUCCAUGUGACUCUGACCUUCCACAUCAGACUCGGACUUCCACAAAGCAAGUAACACAUCCAAACAAGGAGGGGCCACUUGCUACGGGUCAGAUGAAGUUGCCUAGCACCACAGAGCUCUUGUCUGAAAGCUUUCCCCAAUCCUCCCCAAACAAAACCAUCAGCCUCCAAAGAAACCCCCUUCCCUCCAGAGAAAACAAACAGUGGACAGAUACUCCCCUUCCUUUACCCACUUGGUGUGUGUCCUGGGCAUGGAGGCCCUGCUGGCAGAGUGUGAAACAAUGUGUUUUGUGUCCUGCCACUUUAGACCUUUCUCAGAGCUCCUCACCCUCCUUGUCGGAUCAACUCCAGAUGGGCUGUGAUGGAGCUUCUUCCGCAAGUCUUAACAUGGAGUGCCGGGUCUGUGGGGACAAGGCGUCAGGGUUCCACUACGGCGUUCACGCGUGUGAAGGCUGCAAGGGCUUCUUCCGCAGGACCAUCCGUAUGAAACUCGAGUAUGAAAAAUGUGACCGGAGUUGCAAGGUCCAGAAGAAGAAUCGCAACAAGUGUCAGCACUGUCGCUUUCAGAAAUGUCUGUCCCUAGGCAUGUCACACAACGCAAUUCGCUUUGGCCGGAUGCCAGAAGCAGAAAAGAGGAAACUGGUAGAGGGAUUGACUUCGAGUGAGGUGAGCGGGCAAAACUCACAAGGAGCUGACUUGAAGGCUUUCUCCAAGCACAUCUACAAUGCCUACCUGAAAAACUUCAACAUGACCAAAAAAAAGGCCCGGGGGAUUUUGACCGGCAAGGCAAGCAGCACACCUCCCUUUGUGAUCCACGACAUGGACACGCUAUGGCAGGCAGAGAAGGGCCUAGUGUGGAAGCAGCUGGUGAAUGGGCUCCCCCAAUACAAAGAGAUGAGCGUGCAUGUGUUCUACCGCUGUCAGUGCACCACGGUGGAAACGGUGCGCGAGCUCACCGAGUUUGCCAAGAGCAUCCCCAGCUUUGUCAGCCUCUUCCUGAAUGACCAGGUGACCCUGCUCAAGUAUGGAGUCCACGAGGCCAUUUUUGCCAUGCUGGCCUCCAUUAUGAACAAGGAUGGACUUCUGGUAGCCAAUGGCAAUGGCUUUGUGACCCGUGAAUUUCUCCGAAGUCUUCGCAAGCCCUUCAGUGAGAUCAUCGAGCCUAAAUUUGAAUUUGCUGUCAAGUUCAAUGCCCUGGAGCUAGAUGAUAGCGACUUGGCCCUUUUCAUCGCUGCUAUCAUCCUCUGUGGAGAUCGCCCUGGACUCAUGAAUGUCAAACAAGUGGAAGAGAUUCAAGACAACAUCCUAAGGGCUCUGGAGUUCCACCUGCAAGCCAACCAUCCCGAUGCCCAGUACCUCUUUCCUAAGCUGCUGCAGAAGAUGGCUGACUUAAGGCAGCUGGUAACAGAGCACGCCCAGAUAAUGCAGAAAAUCAAAAAAACUGAAACAGAGACCUCAUUGCAUCCACUGCUUCAGGAGAUCUAUAAGGACAUGUACUGAAGCCCUGAGGCAAAGGAGCUGUCAAGCAGCCCCUGCCCAGGGUGGUCUAGGCCACAUGUGAGCUCUCCAGGUACUAAAUACCCUGGUGCUGAAGGACACGUGGUGGGCAGGCCUAAGGAAGCACUGUCCAAACCCCAGUUCCGUUGACUUUGUCCAGAGGCACUUUGCAUUGCUCCUGGAGCAGUCCAGACUUAACAUUUGUGUGCACACGUGUGCAUACAUACAUACAUACACACACACACAUAUACACACACAGUCUGUCUCUGUCUCUCUCUCUCCUUUUCCCUCUUUUCGUCUGUCUCAAAACCAGAUUUGUAUUAUCUCACCAGCAAAAACUAGAACAGGGCCUCUUCUUUUUUCCAUAUCUGGCUGAGGCCCGUCUAUCCCUCCAUUCUACUGGGACAGAAAGGUGGAGGAGGUGCCAAGCUUCUCAGGCUCUCAUUUUCAUAGUGUAAGACGUGUGUGUGAGACAUCCCAAAGAAACACUAAGCUGGGCAUAGGCUCAAGGCCUCCUGUCCCCCCUCCCAGCCUUUAGUGAUUGACAAGAUUCCUUUCUCCUUUGGAACCCAAUGAUGCCAUCCCUCAGUGGUCUCCAGCUUCCUUCCCAGUUCUCCUGGGAAGUUGGUGGUGAGGUGGGGAGUAGUGACCCUUAGGAAAUGGAGGGAAUAUGCAGAGCAGAAGAGGGACACUCCCCUCACUGCCUUGGACUUCACAAAUAGCCCUCCUGGGUCAGUUAUGUAUGGGCUUUGGCAGCAGGCCACUUUAAUGCCUAGCAUCAUUUCUGUUCUUUUAACUGGUCUUCCAUGUUGGUGUUUACCGCAGCCUCUGGUGCUGACUGACAUGGAGGCUGGACACCAGGAGGAGGGUGGGGUGGGUGAGCCCCUCUGGGAGCAGCAAGCAAGCCCCAUGAUGUUUGGAGACAGUUGAAAGGAGAGCCACAGCCCUGCCUGGAGAAGGCCUUAGGACUAAUUUCAUUUUGAAGGCUGAUAGUCCCAAGACAGGAGACUAGUUGGUGGGAUAUAGCCAUGCCAACCCCACAUUUCAUUACUAAGUCUGCUCAGACUCCAAUACCAGUAUCUAGAUGUCUCAAACCUAGUUUGAGCUUAACCUUCCCCCUUCCUCAGAGGGUAUGGAGAAGCUGGUGCUGCUCCCUCUGCACUCCCCAUGCUGGCACCUACCACAAGCACUGAAUUCACUUUAAUCACAGGUUCCAUCCCCUUCCCCUAAGCAGGGUUCCAGGGGCCACACAUAGGCCCCAGGCUCACAGACUGUUGGACUGGGUGAGCUGCAUUCCCUUUGCUUGAAAGGGCUUAAACAAGAAAUUCUAAAUGAACAGGCCAUCUCUGUUGACUCAGCAGUUGCCUUGGCCUGCCCAGCACGAGCAAAAUAUUUUAUUUUGUAUAAUCUUCCGUAGCCUAACGUGGACCUCUCCCUUUUCCUCAAAGUUUACCACUACCACCUCUCACCCACCAGCCUAUUGCCCUAUUGGGCCAUGAGGUCAGACAGCCUGAUCUGACCCAGCUCCACAUCUAGGUGCUUCCAUAAACCAACCCUCUCAUUCCUGGCUCAUCCCUCACACUUCCUCCCCACCACCUGGAGAUGUCUGGGCCAUUUUUAAAAUUAUAGCUUUUCCUACCUUCAAGGUAGGCCUUAAGGUCUGGGGCACAGCCUAGGAAUAUUCCUAGGAAGUCAAACCUAAGAGAAACAUCAGACCAUCCACUCCAGCUCUCAGAGGGGUAAAAUGAUUUGUCUAAGGUCAUACUGGCAGAACUGGGACUGGAACCCAGGACUCAGUUUCAGGGGGAUCAAAGCUGGGCUCCUACAGCCUAGAAGAUAGUUGGGGGCACUGGUGGCGGGGCCUUUCAGGCUGCUGGCAGCCUUUAGUUAAUGGGUUAGUGGGGAGAAAUGAAAAGAGGAAGAAGAAAGGAAAUCCCGGGGGGUAAAGGAGGAAGAGGAACCAGACCACCCCAUCCCUUUAUUCUGUCGUCUUCAAGUCCACCCCUGGUUUGGUAUUGGGGUCAGAAGUUCCUGAGGCAGGACCUCUAGCUCCCCUCUCUCUGCUGGGGCAGGCGCCCUGGAACAGCUUUGCACACUCCUUGGGUGGGUGGGGGGCCUACCCAUGCCUGAUGCUGUGAAGGAAGAUACUGUGCCUGACCAUCCAACCUUUCCCUCCCCAGCCCCGACUUGUGCAGAUGCUCAAAGCUGCCACUCCCCAUUGUGUCAUAACAAUCUCCAAAACUGAAAUGUAUAUUUUUGCUAGAAGCCCCAGCUUCCUUUGUUUUUAAUAUAAAUAGUGUAUACAGAUUGAUGGAACUCUAAAUAAAUGGGAAUUAAAUAUUUAAGAGCUGACUGACCCUAA